GAAACGGAUAAGCUCUGGCAGGCGAGGAAACAUUGCUUCUGGGCCGCUCAGAGCUAUACACCCGGGAAGUCGCUGAUGGCCACGGAUGUUGCGGUGCCCAUCUCACGCCUAGCUGAGUGCAUCGAUGCAACGAAGAAGGAGCUAGACGCCUCCUUUCUGUUCUGUCCGAUUGUGGGCCAUGUGGGAGAUGGGAACUUCCAUGUUGUCAUCAUGUUCGACUCAAACGAUCCGCGUGAGACAGCGGAGGCACACAAGCUCAAUGAGCAAAUGGUAUGCAAAGCAAUUAUCUAG